AUGGAGGAGGAGGAGAGUAAGAUGGCGAUGGAGGCCAAGGGUGUCCUCAAUCCGUCGACAGGUUCCACUCAUCCAUCUCAUGCAGUUCACUUGGCACCCAUCCACCUUGCUGUCGUUUCUGCUGAUAUCAUCCUAGAUGAGCUACGACAUCUGUUUUGGGAAGGGUUCCCUCUGGAUAAAAAGGAUCGCUUCCCUGCUCACCAUUACUUCCAAGAAUCCUCUCUUUUGGCUGAUGUAGUUCUCAGACACCCUAUCUCAGCAAGUUUCAAACUCUCAAACGUUGAUGCCAAUGAAGGGAUGUUGUGGGAGAAGCGGUGGGCUCUGCGCCGCCUCUUGGCUAUCAUGAUGGCUAGUUUCGGCAUCGGGAUGAUGUACUACGGAAUGCCGCUAAAUCUCGAGAAUCUCAACGCUAACCUUCAUAUAACCGUGGCGUUAAAUGCAGCGAUUGAGCUUCUGUCGGCAUUAGUUAUCUUUUUUUUCGUUGAUGUGAUGAGCAGACGGAGAUUUAUGGUGGGAUUAAUGGUUGUGAGUGGCGGGUGCAGCCUUGCGUGCACAGCCAUGGGAGGUUGGUUAGCGGUGGUGCUGGAGUUGUUCGCAUUCUUUGGGGUUUUCACGUCAUUUAUGAUUUUGAUGAUUUAUACGGUGGAAUUGUUUCCAACAUGCGUGCGAACCUCUGCGCUUGCUGUGGUGAGGCAGGCGGUGGUGCUCGGCGGGGUUGCGGCGCCAGCGAUAGUGGCAGUGGGGAGGAGGAGAAGGUUUCUUUCGUUUGACGUCUUUGGAAUAGUUAUCAUUUUUUGUGCGCUUUUUUUUGCCUUCUUGCCGGAAAUAAGGGGUCGUGGGAUCAGCGACACGAUGGAGGAGGAGGAGAGUAAGAUGGUGAUGAAGGCCAAGGGUGUCAUCAAUCCCUCCUCAUCUUGA